CCACAGCGCGAGUUUGUGGUGAUAAACUGGAGACGUGGAGGCCGCGCCGGGCCCAAGUUGCACCGAGAAAGGAGACACCUCCUGGUCUGAUACCCAGUCUGACAUCCGGGAUGAAAAGGAGCAGGCCAGCACCGGGAUUGCAGUGAUUGAUAGAAAUCUUAAAUGGGAGAGGAUUGAUUCUUCCCAUGCUUCUGAACCAAUGAAGAGAAAAUGGGAAGCAAAACUGAAGCAAAUUGAAGAACGAGCUUCCCAAUAUGAGAGGAAACCUUUGUCCUCAGUGUAUAGACCAAGGUUAUCCAAACCAGAAGAACCACCUUCUAUUUGGAAACUGUUUUAUCGACAAGCUGAAGCUUUUAAUUUUGUUAAAAGCUGUAAAGAGGAUAUUCAUGUAUUUGCUUUGGAAUGCAAAGUGGGAGAUGGACAACGUAUUUACCUCGUAACAACCUAUGCUCAGCUUUGGUUUUACUAUAAAUCCCGGAAAAAUCUCUUGCACUGCUAUGAAGUUAUUCCUGAAAAUUCUGUGUGCAAGCUUUAUUUUGAUUUGGAAUUCAACAAACUUGCCAAUCCAAGAGCUGAUGGGAAAAAGAUGGUUGCAUUACUCAUUGAGCAUGUUUGUAAAGCACUUCGAGAAUUAUACAAUGUUAAUUGUUCAGCUGAAGAUGUUUUCAAUUUGGAUUCUAGCACCGAUGAAAAAUUUAGCCGCCAUUUAAUAUUUCAACUCCAUGAUGUGGCAUUUAAAGAUAACAUUCAUGUUGGUAAUUUUGUGAGAAAAAUUUUGCAGCCUGCACUUAAAUUAAUUGCCAGUGAAGAUGAUGAUAAGACUCCAGAGACAACAGGCUGUCGAUUUUCCCAUUUUUCUGAAGCAUCAAUACAACAAGGAACUUCCUUUAACACAAUGUCCAUGGAAAAGGAUACAAGAGAGAGUUGGACAUUGAAUUCAGAGAAACUAAAGAGGCUGGGGUCCGCUAAGCAAAGCAGUCCUGAUCUUUCAUUUUUAGUUGUGAAGAAUAACAUAGGAGAAAAGCAUCUUUUUGUAGAUCUAGGAGUUUAUACAAGAAAUAGAAACUUUCGGCUGUAUAAAUCAUCGAAAAUAGGAAAGCACGUGGCUUUGGAGGUUGCUGAAGAUAACAAAUUUUUUCCUAUGCAAUCAAAGAAUAUUUCUGAAGAAAAUCAUUAUUUCCUCUCUUCUUUGGUCAGCAAUGUCAGAUUCUCAGAUACUUUACAAAUUCUUACAUGUGACACAUCUCAGAAUAAACAAAAACAAGUUGAAUAUUUUAACCAUAGCAACACUUCAGUAGAAACAAUUGAAGGUUUUCAGUGUUCACCCUACCCUGAAAUUGAUCGUUUUGUUCUUUCUUUGGUGAAUAAAAAUGGCAUUAAAGGAGGAAUUCGGCGUUGGAACUACUUUUUUCCCGAAGAAUUAUUGGUUUAUGACAUUUGUAGAUAUCGCUGGUGCGAAAACAUUGGAAGAGCUCACAAGAGUAAUAAUAUCAUGAUCCUGGUUGAUCUGAAAAAUGACGUUUGGUAUCAAAAAUGCCAUGACCCUGUGUGUAAAGCAGAAAACUUCAAAUCUGACUGUUUCCCGUUACCUCCUGAAGUAUGUCUUCUGAGGCUUUUCAAAGAUGAAGAGGAAUUUACAAGAGAAGAUGAAACAGUUGAAACAAAGAACAAUGAAACCAAGAAUCCUCAUAAACCAUCAUCUAUUAAGUUGUCAAAAGGAGUACCUUCCAAUGAUGACUGGGAUAAUGGCACUGAUGAUGCUUAUUUUUUAGAAGCUAUUGAAGAUGCUGAGUUGGCUGAAGCUGCAGAGAAUAGUCUUCUCAGUUACAGUAGUAUAAGUGGAUGAAAUUCCUGAUGAAUUAAUUUUGGAAAUAUUACAAGAGUAGCUAAUUAACUAUGGAGACUUAUGUUUAUAACCAGGCUUUAAUUUGCCUGAAGAUUAAAUAUUAGAUUUGAUAACAUAAACAUAUUAUUUUAACUUAAAGCUAUUUAUAUCAACUAAGUUUUAUCAUUUUGCUUUUUGACUAUUGUUUUUUACUUAAGUAAACCCAUUUUAUUAAAAAUCAGCUUUGGUGUACUUAAAUUUAG